CAGACAUGGCCAAGUCCAAGAACCACACCACGCACAACCAAUCCUGGAAAUGGCACAGAAACGGCAUCAAGAAGCCCCAAUCACAAAGAUAUGAAUCUCUUAAGGAGGUGGACCCCAGGUUCUUAAGGAAUAUGCAUUUUGCCAAGAAGCAUAACAAGAAGGGCCUGAAGAAGAUGCAGGCCAACAAUGCCAAGGCCAUGAGCACACGUGCAGAGGCCAUCAAGGCUUUCAUAAAGCCGAAGGAGGUUAAACCCAAGAUCCCAAAAAGCGGCAGCCGCAAGCUUAAUCGCCUGGCCUACAUUGCCCACCCCAAGCUCGGAAAGAGUGCUCAUGUGUGCAUCGCCAAGGGUCUCAGACUCUGCCAACCAAAGUCCAAGGCCAAGGAUAAAACCAAGGCCCAGGCUCCAGCUCCAGCUUAG